UGCAAGGUCUUCGACGCCGCCCACGCGUUCUGAAAUUCAACAUUUUUCUGAUACUUCCUUUCAUCUACGAAUCUCUCCUAAGCAUCUCUUUUAUACCCUUUGUCUCGUAUAUCCAUGUACUUACACUCAGCAAAUAACCCCAUGCCCAAGCCGACGGAGAACGUUCCAGUGUUCUUGUUCUGCUUCGAACAAAGAACCGUGUUCAUGAAGCGUCGCGAGACUUAUGAAGACAUGAUAACCGCCUUGCGAAUCAAAUUCGAUAUCCCAGAUAACGUUAACCCAAUUCUACGCGUUUCGACAUUGGACAUUUGUCAUGAAAGAGAGAUCGAAGUCGAUGAGGAUGCCUACGAAGCCAUGGCGCCAUUUCUGGAUGAAAUAAAGAUCGUUCUUACUCCUCGAAGCAACGAUAAAGGAAAAGGGCGCUCUAUUAGGAAGCAUGCAUCCCCAGCCCUCACCGCACGACGAAUUCCCGCAAAAACGAAAUCCGUGCUAUCCGAAUCGCGCACCCCGAAAGUUGUAAAUGCAGCGGAACUAUUCGCAAACGACGACCACUUGACGGAUGAGGGAGGCCAAGACGAUGAAGAAAUAGAUGCCACACAGCCGCCAAGCUCGUCUUCGAGUCACGAAACUGGUCGCUCCUGGGAAGAGGUUGAAGAAUCAGAUACAGAGCGACGAAAUGUGAGAAAGGUGUUCAAAGCAGAUAAAAGCAUGAUGAUCGUCAAGCAAGAAAUAGAGGAGAUCGUGUCACCGAAGGCUUCUGGACCAAGUGGACUUAACACGUCGCCGGCGAAGAAAGAACGUUCUUCUGGCCCAGGAGUGAGGAAUCCAUCGCCUAGGAAAGAGCGCUAUGAAGAGCCAGGAGUUCAAGCCAGCGGCGAAGAUGACCUCGACAAACACUUUGAAGUUACCGUUAUCGGACCUCAGGAUAACCAGCGGGCUAGACUGAAGACUCGCGGAAGAUAUCAAGUCAAGAAGGUUCUUCACGGUGUUUGCAAAUCGUUCGGGAUUCCCUUUGACACGGCUAAAUUGAUCCAUAUCGUCAAGUUCGUUGAAGACGGCACCGAAGUUGUGGAACAGUUCGAAUGUGAUAAUGAUGAAACUAUAGCUUACUGCGGCAUUAAGGAGAAUGCGCAGCUUGCUGUGAUCCUCCAAGAGGAUGACGACGAUUCCUAUGAUGAAGACGAAGAGUAGCUGACUGCAGAGCGCCGGUAUAUUUCUACUAUCCAAGAUCUUUUGUCGAGAGGUCGCAAUGUUGUAUGUAUGUCUAUUUUUCUUGUGCCAACUGAGAGCACUUCCGUCAGUCGCCGUCAAUGGGACCGCCAGCUGAGUGUCCGUGGAGCUUUCACGCUGCAAAUUUCAGGACGACCAUGCGCGGCUGAUAUCAUUAUCUUCAGGAGGUUUAACGGCAGCAGCGGGUAAGUCUUUUGGCGACCCACUAUGGCGGCAUCCUCUCUUGCCGAAAGAUAUUGGAG